AACUUCCGUUAAAAUGGCACCAUAAUUAAUUCAUCUUGUCUUUUGACUCUACUACUGAACACUCUCAGGUUGGGGACAAGAUGGAGCCAAUCAAAUCACUGUGGAAGAAUUUCAUGUCAGAAGGGCACCGCCCUCCAGAAAAAGACUCAAAAGUUGUGGUCAUUGACACCAUCAUUCAUGAGCUUGAAUACCACAUCAAGGAACUGGAACGUAUUUCACACGAAAAAGAGGUUGACGACAGACGUCGGAAUACAGGUGUAGACUACAGUUGGUUAAUGAGUACAACUCCUAAAGGUUUUGAAAUCCCCCAACUUCAAAGACUAGAACUAGAAGAGCUGUGUUACAAAGUAAAACCAGAUGAAUGUGGAAAAAUCUUGUCUUUAUUUAGAGAUGCUCUAUUUAAUGACCCUUUACCGUCCCAUCUACCUCGAAUCAUGAGGUCCUGUAUAAUUCAGGUGUUAGAGCAAAGACCCAAGGAAGAAACCCUCAGCGAGUGGGUCACAAAGCGAACACUUAGUCUCACCAGAAUCCGUCCAAAUCCAAAAGUCUCUCCUUCACAGCAGGGAGAUCCUGAAGCUCCAAGCCAAGAAGAAAAUAGAAGAUGUUACAGUACACCUAUUUUACAAGCAACUACUGUCCAGGAAUUCAGACAAGGGGUUGAUACUCUACCUGUUUGAAUUAAUUUUCCUAGUCUUAAUCAACAAAUGACUCAAAGUAGAUAAAUCUUAUUGCAGUGCUGAAUACAUUUUACAAAUUGAUUAUUGUUGGUGCUAGAUUUCUAAGUCAGCAUAUUUUUAGCUACUUAUUUUAGUCUCUGUACAAUUUUUGCCAUAAAGGUUUAACCUAAUCACAAGAUGUCAAAAUUAGAGCUUUAAUGAAUCAUAUUCAGAUUCUGAAUAGAAAGUCAAAAAUUUACAUAUUUGAUUAGAUAAACUAGAUUUUUAUAUGUACCAUUAUUGAAUGUAUAUUAGAGGUAACAAAAAUUCUUGCAUCCAUGUAUAAAUUGGUGAUUUAUUUUAAAGAAUGCUUUGGCAUUAGUAGUUUCCAGACAAGUAGUCUGUGAUUAUUCAAACAAAUUGCGUACGAACAAGCAAAAUACAUGAAAUACAAAGGUAUUUGCUGAAUGCUUCUCAACCCAAUUUUUAGGGCAAACAAAGAGAUUUUUAAAGAUGGCCUUAUCAUGAUUAUUAUGUAUUUCAAAUUUAUAUUUAACAUUUGUUUUAUAUUUUCUAUAUUAAAUUCAAAAUGUUCAGUAUACAAAGAAAAAUUGUAAAGUAUACAAAGAAAAAAGUCUGAAAAUUUAAUGUCGGAUGAUAUUUUGAUAUUUCAGUACUCAUAUCUUCAUCACACAUAAUCAAUAUUUCCUUAUAUCAUCCUAGCUCUAAUGAGUUGUGGGCCAAAUAUUACCAUUUUACAAUAUUUGUUGAACAAAUUUUUCCACUGCCAGUCAUUAUUCUUAAAUUCUUUUUGAAGUGCGCCAUAUACAUCUAAAAUUCUAUCAGGGUUGAAUAAUCAUUUUAUAUCUUGAAAUAUUUAUUAGAAAUUCUAGUACAGCCUUCCAGUCAAAUUUGGAAGGUUUAUCAAUGACACAACCAUGAGCAAGAUAGUGUUACAAAAUUUGGUGUUUUUUUUUCUUGAUUGUCAAUGCUUAUUCUAAUGGUUAGUGAGUGAAAAAUUAAAUUAGAGUGUAAUAGACAAUUUAUUGUAGUGUUUUUGAUGUUGCUUUUUAUCAUGUAUAUUACCAAAACUCAAAUAAUUUUUGUUGUGGUUCAUCAUGUCUAUAACAAAAAUCAAUCAAGAACAAAGAGAAAAAUCAGCCUUUUUUAUCUUUAAUCUGACUGUGAUUAAAACGUGUUAAAACUUAGAAGAUAAAUUCAAUACAUUAAUAAUCAUAUUUAUAUUUUAGAUUCAUAUCAUAGAAGCACCAUUUUUUUUUGUCACAUGAAGUGUACAAUGUAAAAACAUUGAAAGGCAGAGAUGAUAUUUUUUUUCAUACAUUACUAAUAUCUGGAAAGCUUUACAUGUAGGAUUUGUCAGUCUCCAUGCUCAACAAUUAUGAUUUGCCCUAAUUUUUUUUACAUACAGAGUUUUGACAUACAUGUAUCUUGAGGGGUUCUAUAUGAAGACGAUAUGCAGUAAGACAGAGCAACAUAAUGAAUUAAUGCAUAAUUAUGGCAAAGACUUUUGUUCCCUGUAGUUUUAAAUCAUUUUUUGAACUUAUCAGAUUAGUUGAAUUUUGUCUACAUGAAUAAAUAAAAAUUGUUUUUCCUUGGCUGUCCGUUACAAAUUUUGAAACAUGCUUACAUGGGUAAAAGAGUAGUUUUUUUUUUUGUUUUUUUUUUUUUUUUUAAUGAAGUAAACUGCUUUAAUAAGGUUACUGAAUAUUGAACUGGAACAUUCAUCACCCUCUGAAAAUCAAAUAUACUUGUUUGUCAGCAGAAAAGUACACUUAUGUGUACAUGCUCAAAGUAAAACUAGUCUAUUUAGUGGGAAGCUUUUAAAUUUUUUUUUUUUAAGCAUACAUAGGAUUUGAAUUUUGCUGAAAGAAUUCCAUUACAAUAUUCCAGGUGUCAGAGAAUCAUCUGGCACACAAUGCAUUCCAGAAUAGAUUUUUUUUAUAACCAACGAACCAAAACCUAAAAUAAAAGCAGAGAAUUUUUCACCAUAAAAGAAUUGAUUAACAGAACAUUAUUAUUAAUCACAAUAAUUCUUAAGUUAGCAUUGUCCAUGCCAGUCUUGUAUGUUGUAUUCAACAAGGCAUUAUUGUGUAUCUAUGUUAUUGUGUUCUUACUUAAACUGGAGGUCAUUUGUGUUAUGUAAAUGUAGCUUAUGUUUGUAGAUUCCUUUCCAAAGUGAUUAGUGUUCAACAUUACCUCAUAUUUUUCCAGAAACUUCCUGUUCGUUCAUGUAUAUAUUUUACCCAGUUUUGAUAAAUUUGAUGUGCUUAUAUUUAAUGAGCAUUUUUUAAAAUUAUAAUUACCUUGUUAAUUGCUUGAUUAAGGAUGAUUCCAAUGUUGUUGUUCAUUCUUGUAAAAGUAAAGUAUUAUUUAC